AUGAAUAGAUACACAAUGAUCAAGCAGCUUGGGGAUGGGACCUACGGUUCCGUCCUGUUGGGAAGAAGCAUUGAGUCUGGGGAACUUAUUGCUAUCAAAAAAAUGAAAAGAAAGUUUUAUUCCUGGGAGGAAUGUAUGAACCUUCGGGAGGUCAAGUCAUUAAAGAAGCUCAACCAUGCCAAUGUAGUAAAAUUAAAAGAAGUUAUCAGGGAAAAUGAUCAUCUUUAUUUUAUCUUCGAGUACAUGAAGGAAAAUCUUUACCAGCUUAUUAAAGAAAGGAAUAAGUUAUUUCCUGAGUCGUCUAUCAGGAAUAUCAUGUUUCAGAUCCUGCAAGGACUUGCCUUUAUUCACAAACAUGGCUUCUUCCAUCGGGACUUAAAGCCUGAGAACCUACUCUGCAUGGGACCAGAACUUGUGAAAAUUGCAGACUUUGGGCUGGCCCGAGAAAUCCGAUCCAGACCUCCAUACACGGACUAUGUAUCUACCAGAUGGUACAGGGCCCCAGAAGUACUCCUGAGAUCCACCAACUACAGCUCCCCUAUUGAUGUCUGGGCCGUGGGCUGCAUCAUGGCAGAGGUGUACACCCUCAGGCCGCUCUUCCCUGGUGCCAGUGAGAUUGACACGAUAUUCAAAAUUUGCCAAGUCCUGGGGACACCGAAAAAGACUGACUGGCCUGAAGGCUACCAACUUUCAAGUGCUAUGAACUUCCGCUGGCCCCAGUGUGUCCCCAAUAACUUAAAGACCCUGAUCCCAAAUGCUAGCAGCGAAGCAAUUCAGCUCCUGAGAGACAUGCUCCAAUGGGAUCCCAAGAAACGACCAACAGCUAGUCAGGCCCUUCGAUACCCUUACUUCCUUAUUGGGCACCCACGGGGCGGCACCCUACAGAGUGUUCAGGAUCCAGGAAAACCACAGAAAGACCUCUUGGAAAAAGCAGGCCCUGCUCCUCACAUAAAGCCUGUCCCUCCUGCCCAGCCCCCAACCAAGCCUCACCCACGGAUUUCUUCACGACCACAUCCCACCAGCCAGGCCCCUCAGCAUCUCACCUACCCCUACAAAGCAGAGGCCUCCAGGACAGAUCCCCCGAGCCAUCUUCAGGAGGACAAGCCCAGCCCCUUGCUCUUGCCAUCCCUGCACACCAAGAAUCCUCAGUCGAAACUUCCAGCUGGCCUAGAACACAAAAAUGGAGAGAUGAAGCCAAAGAGUAGGAGGAGAUGGGGUCUCAUUUCUAGAUCAACGAAAGAUUCUGAUGACUGGGCUGACCUGGACGACUUGGACUUCAGCCCAUCCCUCACCAGGAUUGAUGUGAAAAACAAGAAGAGACAGAGCGAUGACACUCUCUGCAGAUUUGAGAGUGUUUUGGACCUGAAGCCAUCUGAGCCCAUGGGUACAGGAAACAGUGCCCCUACCCAGACUUCAUAUCAGAGGCGAGACACCCCCACCCUGAGAUCAGCCGCCAAGCAGCACUACUUGAAGCACUCUCGAUACUUGCCUGGAAUCAAUAUAAGAAAUGGCAUCCUGCCAAACCCAGGCAAGGACUUCAUUCCAUCAAAUCCAUGGUCUAGUUCUGGUUUGUCCGGAAAGUCUUCAGGGGCAGUAUCGGUCAUCAGCAAAAUAAAUUCAGUUGGUUCCGGCUCUACAAGUUCUAGUGGACUGACUGGAAACUACAUCCCUUCCUUUCUGAAAAAAGAAAUUGGUUCUUCUAUGCAGAGGGUACACCUGGCACCUAUCCCAGACCCUGCCCCUGGUUAUUCUUCCCUGAAGGCUGUAAGACCUCAUCCUGGACGACCUUUCUUCCACACCCAGCCUAGAAGCACCCCUGGGUUGAUACCACGGCCUCCGGCUGCCCAGCCAGUGCACGGCCGGACAGACUGGGCUUCCAAGUACGCAUCUCGGCGAUGACCAUCUCAGCAGCGAAGCCCUUCAUAGGGGAAAACGGGACACUUCCCCUUAGCCAGUGCAUGUUCCACCUGCCAGAAACACACAGCUGGUGUAAAAGCAAACCAACUCUUUAUAGUUACCCUUCUGAACUGAGACAUUUCAAUAUUCUUUUUUAAAGUUUUUUUAAAUAUUGAUUUGGAUGCAAUACCCUUUUUUGUAUAGAAUUAUUUUAUUCUAAAACUGGGUCCCAUUAUUUUCUUAUACAGCAGCGUUUUGUAUAUAUGGGUUAUGUUUUAGCAUUUUAUACAGUCAACUUUGUAAUGAACUUUUUAAAGAUUAAGUGACUUUCCUUUGGGGUUCCAGAUAAUAUUUUAUACAGAUUUUGACAAAUGUAAUAAUAUUGAUGCAGUAUUGCAACAGGGGUGCAGUUUAUGCGAUAAAGGGUUAUUUACUCUGUGUGGAGAUAUUUGGAAAGUAGUUAAAUUUUAAACGUGGCUCAUUAGGUACUUCAGACUCUCCUGGAUUGACAUUAGAAAAGCAUCCCUCUGCUUUUCUUAAGAUAUCAUUAAUUUGAAUUUUUGAUGCCACUGUGCAGUCCGGAAGGUACCACUAUAGAAUCGACUUUGUUUUAUUUUUAUUUCCAGAUGAAAGAACUCUAAGUAAAUGUUUUUUUGAAAUUGGUGCAACACCCUUUAAUGUAGUUUCAGAUACCCAAAUGAAACCAAGCUUCAUCAUGCUAUGCCUUCGUAUUCGAUUUUCUCCCAUUUUUAAAAUCGUAUAAGUAUCCAUAAGAGGGAUGCUUCCAUGUCAAAAGAUUCGCAACAUAAAGGUUAACACAGUCUGUUAUGUCCCUGCUACGACACAUGGCCAAAAGAAACACAAAUUUGAAAGCCACCGAAAAACUUUUAUUAUAAUAACUGAGAUAGAAACUUGCAUUUGGCUCAGUUCUCCAGGCCUGGCUCGAAGCAGCCAGUGAAUAAUCUUCUGUCUCAACUGAAUUCUCAGGACAGUCUGGGUAAGGGAAGGUUUAUGGCAGUCACAGUUACCAUAGCGUGCCACAUCUAACUCCUAACCCUUGUGUAGUUUCUUUUGAGAGUGAGAACUCUAUUGGGCAGAGGCUAUUCAUUGAGAGCAAUGUUUACAGUGAUUUUUGAAAAUGACAAAGCUAGUUUGGAGACAGAAAAACAGGAAAGGUCCACUCUCAUCCAUCUCUGUAUGGCAUAUGUGCCUCCACUCAUGGUUACCUUACAGGCAAGAGGAAUGGUCACCAUCAGUGAGCGUGACAUGGUCUCAGCAGUGUAUCAACUCACAGUCUCCCGGGGUUCAAACUACUCUUUUGGGUCCAAGUUCUAGAAUACAACAAGUUCAACCACAUGAAAUGUACACUUUUUAAAGAUUAAAAAUGUAUAAAUAUAGGCACUUUCCUAUGGUUCAACCUAAUAAGUUGGCAAAUGAUUGCUUUGGUGGGUUAAGAAUACUUUGCAGCCUGAACAAAUUACCAUGGCUUCCAAAGGACUCUAACCUAAAAUCAGGGAGUAAUUUAUACUUUGGAGAAUCCUGCUCAGAAAUAUACUUGACCAAGCACUAUGACUUUUUGGAGCAUGAGAAAAGCACAUAAUGGAUGUGGACUUGAUACGUAAUUGUGUCCUGUCUACAAGCUGGCAGCAACUCUUAAUGUGUAAAUAUAAGCACAACUUGAAGCUGAAUUCAUUUCUGUAUUCUAUUUUCAACUCGUUAUCUAAAGCAACAGAAAAUGUUUUCAGAGAUGAGUCCUCUACUAUGAGGUUAAUAUUUAUUUUCUCUUUCUGUAUUAUAUAUAAAAAAUAAAUUAAUCUGCAACCUUGCUCAGCUUUCCGGAAAGCUGGUUUGAGAUUGUAUAUACAUACCCCUUAGAGAAGCAAGUGGGUUGUUAAUACUCUUUGUACUCUAGUUUGUGUUAAGAUCAUUCCAAUUUUUUAAAUUGAAAAAAUCUAGUUACCCAGUUAUUGCACACAGAAAAAUUGAUUUUGUAAUCCUUUUGUAGAGCUCAACUUUAAAAUACUACACUUUUUUUUUCUUUUUACCCUUUCUUUUGUUUACUAACAAACAACUUACCUUGAGAAGUCAAACACAUGUUCAUGUGAAAGUCACAAAGCUGAUGUACAGUUGAGAAAACUAGGAGACUGUAAAAAAUAAAUCAGUUCUAAAGGACUAGCAACAUCCUAUAAACUACUCUUUUUUUCCCACAAAAUGAGUUAAGAGGACAAGUUGUAUAUGCAACAUAUAUACUGUAGAAGGGAAUAGUGGCCAUUUUUUGUUAAGUGCAAAUAAAAUGCUUGUUUUGCAUACUUUUAGUUGCUAUAUAAUUAAUAAAACAUCAUGCAAGACACCAACAGGAAUGAAGAGUGUUAACUGUACCUACCAUGAUGAUACCUCAUUUACAGUGAGAGCUUUCUGGGAUGUGAGGAAAUGGUACAGAGCUGGCUCUCAUUCUGUAACCAAAGGUUCAGAAAGUGGUGUGCUAGGGAGUACAGGUGUGCCUCCCUUAGAGCAAGCCCGGGAGGUGGGGUGAGGGCUGUAUUUUUAUUGGAGCUACUCUUGGCUUGAUUGUUCAUUUUACAGUACAAUUCUAUCAAUUACCAAGACCUCACCCGUUUCAUGCUUGAAUGAUUUUAGUAGGAAUAACAUUGAUUUACAAAUAAUGUCACAUCUCUUGCAUAAAGAACUAUAGACAUUUAAUAAAGUGACACCAUAUGGUUUUCAAAAGUUGAAUACAAUCAAGGCAAUCCACACCAAACAAAAUAAGAAUUGUUUCCUUUUUUUGACAUAACUAUAGGUACUUUGAGUUCAUGGGCAUCAGGUUUUCUCAUGAAGUAGCUUUUCCCUACCAUUAAGCCAUUUUUUUUUGUGCCAUUUAGGACAGGGACAAAAAAGAAUGCAGGCUGUACAUCUCAGCUGAACAUAUGACCAAAAGCAAUAUGUUUUUAAGAAAAUGUUUUACAUACUAAUUUUGUAUCAUUUUAAGCAUACUGUAGCAACUUGUUUGUUUAAUAUAUGUGGUUAAUUUUUAUUUUUACAAUUUCCAACCAAAUGUACUGUACUUUUAUGUAUUUAUUGUAAAGAUUUUCUCAUGGGAACCAUUUAAAAAGACAAACUGGAGGUAUUAUCGGUAUUAUUGGUUUCUUAUUGACAUUGUGCUAAUGUGAAUUUAAAAUGACCUGAAAAACUCUUCUGAUCUCAGAUAUCUCAGAACAGAUAGCAGUUGAGUCACCAGAUUUGAGUACAAUGGAGUAACAGAAUAUUUUCAUUUAUAGAGCAAAUAUUCGUAAUAAUGAGAAGAUAGAACAGAAAACCACUUAAGCAAGACUACAGAAAUCAAUGCUUUUUGAAUAGUUUGUCUUAAGGUGUUUAAAAAUGUUAACUCUAUGUAAGGAAAAUUCUCCUGCUCCAAAUAAAAUUACACUUUACCAAAAACUGA